CGCUGCAUUUCGGGACUUGUAGUUUUCACGACGGAAUUGUGGGAGUCGUGGUUUGUGAGCACCAAGCGAGGAGGCCCCGCUGCAUUGAGUUCUCAGAACUUGAGCUCCUUGGACCGACCCGACCUUCCAGCUGCCUCUCAUGCUUGUGAGCACCAGUUACAUCAAUCAGAAGUGAACUGCCAUGAACUGGAAGGUUCUUGAACACGUGCCCCUGCUGCUGUAUAUCCUGGCCGCAAAAACCCUGAUCCUGUGCCUGGCCUUUGCGGGUGUGAAAAUGUACCAAAGGAGAAGCCUGGAGGGGAAACUGCAAGCCGAGAGGAGGAAGCAGUCGGAGAAGAAAGAGAACUGAAGAGACGUUAGAGAUUUUUCCAUUUAAAUGUCAGCUUGGGUGGAGUCCAGCAGAGAAGAGAGAACAAAGACUUCACAGAAGAAGACACGCUUCCGGCCUAGACCUUUAACUUAAAUAAUAACAGUGUGGAUUUUUAUAUGUUUUUAGAAGAACCAGUAUUUUGUUUACUGAAAUAAAAUACAUUAUUCUUAAAA